AUGGGCACCAAGUAUGCAAGUGCAUCAGUCUGUCACCCGCAGAGUAAUGGCCAAGCUGAAGUAGCAAACAAGCUGAUCUUAACAGCCCUGCAAAGGAAGCUGGAGGAGCACAAAGGCCUAUGGGUUGACCUAGUCCUAGAGGUGUUAUGGGCAAAUAGAAUCACCGAGAAAGAAUCUACCGGUAAAAGCCCUUUCACUCUAGCCUACGGGGCUGAUGCAGUCGUCCCAGUAGAAGUGCAAAUUCCUAGCCUGAGGAUACAACACUAUAAGCAACAAGGAAAUGAAAAUCGCAUGCUGGAAGAGCUAGACUUCUUGCCGAAAGUAGGACCUGGUGCAUUCCUCCUUGCAGAUCAAGAAGAUCAGGUCUUAAGGAAUAGUUUCAAUGCUGAUGUGUUAAAGAAAUAUUUUGUUUAA